UGAGUUUCAAAGGAAACACACAAAGGCAACAGCCGACACGAAGGAAACUACUCCGGGACAUCCUUCUACACUUCAGAGCAACAGAGAGUUUAUCACUGAAUAAACUUCAAAGCAACAAACAAGAUGUCCUCAGCUAAGGGAGUAUCCAUUGGCAUCGAUCUGGGCACCACCUAUUCCUGCGUUGGGGUUUUCCAGCAUGGCAAAGUGGAGAUAAUCGCCAACGACCAGGGCAACAGGACCACUCCCAGCUAUGUGGCCUUCACAGACACAGAGCGGCUCAUUGGAGACGCCGCCAAGAACCAAGUCGCCAUGAACCCAACCAACACAGUCUUUGACGCCAAACGGCUCAUCGGAAGAAACUUCAACGACCCGGUUGUCCAGUCCGACAUGAAACUCUGGCCUUUCAAGGUGAUCAGUGACAAUGGAAAGCCCAAAGUCCAGGUGGACUAUAAGGGGGAGACCAAGGCGUUCUAUCCUGAGGAGGUUUCCUCCAUGGUCCUGGUUAAGAUGAAAGAGAUAGCUGAGGCCUACCUGGGACAGAGGGUGUCGAACGCAGUCAUCACAGUGCCGGCUUACUUCAAUGAUUCACAAAGACAAGCCACCAAGGAUGCCGGGGUGAUCUCUGGACUAAAUGUUCUGAGGAUCAUCAAUGAGCCCACAGCAGCAGCCAUUGCCUAUGGCCUGGAUAAAGGUAAAAGAGGAGAGCGCAACGUGCUCAUCUUUGAUCUCGGUGGCGGCACCUUUGACGUGUCCAUCCUGACCAUCGAGGACGGCAUCUUUGAGGUGAAAGCCACCGCAGGAGACACACACCUUGGUGGGGAGGACUUUGACAACCGCAUGGUCAACCACUUCGUAGAGGAAUUUAAAAGAAAACACAAGAAGGACAUCAGCCAUAAUAAGAGAGCGGUGAGGAGACUGCGCACAGCUUGUGAGAGAGCAAAGAGGACCUUGUCAUCCAGCACACAGGCCAACAUCGAGAUCGACUCUCUGUUUGAGGGAAUUGACUUUUACACUUCAAUCACAAGGGCACGGUUUGAGGAGCUCAAUUCGGAGCUCUUCAGGGGAACACUGGAGCCAGUUGAGAAGGCCCUGCAAGAUGCCAAACUGGACAAGUCCAAGGUCCAUGAAAUUGUCCUGGUCGGUGGCUCCACCAGAAUUCCCAAAAUCCAGAAACUCUUACAGGACUUUUUCAAUGGCAGAGACCUGAACAAGAGCAUCAACCCAGAUGAAGCCGUGGCUUACGGAGCAGCAGUCCAGGCUGCUAUCCUCAUGGGCGACACUUCAGAGAACGUCCAGGAUCUGCUGCUGCUGGACGUGGCUCCUCUGUCUCUGGGCAUCGAAACUGCAGGUGGAGUUAUGACGCCUUUAAUCAAGCGAAACACCACAAUCCCCUCCAAGCAGACCCAGAUUUUCUCCACCUACUCAGACAACCAGCCAGGUGUGCUGAUCCAGGUGUACGAAGGUGAGAGAGCCAUGACCAAAGACAACAACCUACUGGGCAAGUUUGAGCUCACAGGUAUCCCUCCUGCUCCCAGAGGUGUGCCACAGGUGGAGGUAACGUUCGACAUCGACGCCAAUGGCAUUCUGAACGUGUCCGCCGUCGACAAAAGCACCGGCAAAGAAAACAAGAUCACCAUCACCAAUGACAAGGGCCGUCUGAGCAAGGAGGAGAUUGAGCGAAUGGUACAGGAUGCUGAAAAGUACAAAGCUGAGGAUGACGUGCAGAGAGACAAGAUCGCAGCAAAGAACUCGCUGGAGUCGUACGCCUACCACAUGAAGAGCAGCGUUGAGGACGACAACAUGAAAGGAAAGAUUAGCGAGGAGGACAAAAAGAUGGUCAUCGACAAGUGCAACCAGAUGAUUUCAUGGCUGGAGAACAACCAGCUGGCAGAGAAGGACGAGUACGAGCAUCAGCAGAAGGAACUAGAGAAAGUGUGCAAGCCGAUUGUGACAAAGUUGUACCAGGGAACGGCACCGUCGGGAAGCUGCGGCAGUGAAGCAGGAGGCAACUCCCAGGGUCCCACCAUCGAGGAAGUGGACUAAAACCAUGGACUUCAACAGAACAAGACUUAUCACAGUUGUUUAAAAAUGAUGUGACUUUACAGAUUUUUUGACUUUCUAUAAUAAACAGACUCUAAAACACAA